CAACAGUGAAACGCAGAGUGGACUGGUCCCUCCAUCUGAAGACAGAAUGACAGACCCACCAGAGACCGAUCAACCAAUCAUUGCUGCUGACAUUAGGCAGACUGACAGGCCAGUGCCUCUGGAGAGAAGACAUCCUGCUCAUGGUCCCACACAUUCCUAGGAGAGUAUGGAUGGUGAGGUGGUGUCAGGAGUGACCGGAGGAGCAGUGGCGAGCCCAUGGGACAUGUUUGCUCCAGCAGCUGAGAUGCUCAGGACCUCCUCUGCAUCUGACGAAUCCAUCACCUCGGAGCCCCUCCCCCUCCAGAAGAGCCCGUCUCUGCUCGACCCCACUCCACAACCAGUCACCCUUGCAACGUUUCCCCUGGCAACCAACACCCAGGUGCCAACCCUGACCCAUGGGGCUACCCAAAGGUCAGGCGAGCACUCCCUUCCUACUUAUCAAAAACCAGGCCCCUCCCACAGCCUACUCCCCUCCAGUGGCGGCUCCUCCACUGUGAGUCUAUCUACAAAGCACCAACGCUCUGGCAUGAAGCUCCACCACAGUGGCUUAACCACAACACUUCAACUUCCAGUCACGGAGCAGCAGGAUCAGGUGGAGGAGGAUGUUGUGAAGAGGUGUAGGAAGGUUAAGAAGAAGAGUUCUGUGCAGUCCCCCAAGGAUAAUGAUAUCACCUGGGAGGAGGAAAAUAUGCAGAAGAACUGCAGCCUGCCCUCCUGGAUGUUUGAAAUUCAGGAGGUUUCCAGGAUUGGGGAGGGAAGCAGCUGCAAACAGAAGGCAGGUGCAGCAAUAGCCCCCCGGAGGUCCUCCAAUGUUCACAGUGAUGGCACUUCGUUCUCAUAUUCUUAUCAGCUGUGUGGCCGCAUUUCGAAGGAUCUAAGCCAUUUAAAGAUUCCCGAUGGCAUGGUGCACUGGGCUGUACGGUACCUGGUCCCUUCCAUGCAGACGGAGGUUGUCAAGGACACACAGCUGCGACCGCAGACUCACCCCAGUUGACAACCUGAGGUCAUCGCCCCCAUCUUCCCAUUGUGUUGAAUCCUUAGUGUACAGAGGCAGCUUUGUUUUUUUAUGAAUCUCUUGUUAUGUUUAUGUAACAUUCUGAAUAUUGAUAAAUAAAUAUACAUUAGUA